ACACGCCUAUGAAAACACGGGAGACGUGUAACUUUGACAGUUCCGGGAAAAUUCACAGGGUUACUUCAUAACUGAAAUCGUGAUUAAUAGUUAGCUGACAUGUCAUGUAAUGAAAUUAAGCAAAUGUAUUAACGCCUUUGCUCUAUUAAAAAGUUACAUAUAUAAAUCUUUCUAAGAAAUAGUUUACAAAUAAGAGUCAGAAUGCUGAGCCGAUCUACAGUCGUGCAAAGUCUCAGGAGUAUUAGAGAUAGGUUUUUUGAUACAAGACGACAAAGAAACGAGCAAAGUGAUGGUCAGGGGACAAGUAAUGACGUCACGGGCCCAUCUCUGGAUAACCUGUCGGUCGACAUGCAGUUUCUCAUUAUGACCUUCCUGUCUCCGCAAGACCUCUGCAGACUGGGAGGCACCAGUACAUACUGGCGGUCAAUGGUUCGAGACCCUGUCCUGUGGAAGUACUUCCUGUUUCGUGAUAUGCCGCUGUGGCGGUCAGUCGACCAUUUAUCAGUGCCUCAGGUCAAGCUCACAGGCUCAGCUGUACUGGAUGACUCUGAGAUGCAGUUUGAUUAUAUGGCAGAGUAUCUACGAGUUUGUCCAGCCUGUCGAAACCAGUGGCGACACCAACCCAGAGCAUUUGAAUCUGUGACUUCUUUCUUCCAGUCCUUUGUUCCCGUUUCAGAGCCACAGUUUGCCAUGUUCGGCCCGGGGCUUGAGCAGUUAGAGGUUUCCCUUAUGAAUACGAUCAUGUAUUCCCCUCAUAUACUGCCUAUAGCAGGAAUACCUCAGCGUCAGAUUGAUGGCAUUGGGUCUGGAAUCAGUUUUAAGUACAAAGAUCAGCACAGAUUCAAUAUUGCAACUUUAUAUUCGACUAACAGGACAGAGCGAGAGAGAGCACGUCUGGAGCACCUCAAUCUGCGCAGCAAACUCUUUGUCUAUGAAGAGGAUAGUGAGUCCAACAUACCCUUAAGCAUCAACCCCAUGUUUAAUCAAGUUUGUCAAGCUGUGAAUGGAUUCAUCUUUGUGGCCAAUGCUGAGACAGAAAGAGGAACAGACAGAGGGUGGGAGGAGGAAUGUGCCCAGAUCAGGGUUAUGUUAGACCCCGCAGUGGGUGCUGUGUCUCGCCCUAUCCUGGUGCUCUCCUGUGUGUCUAGAGAGACAGCAGACAGACGUAGGAUACAUUGUGCGACCGUUGCCCAUCAGCUUCAGCUCAGCUUACUGCCCAACCCUUGGAUGGUUCAGGACACGACUGCAGAAACACUAACAGGACUGCUGGAUGGUAUUGAUUGGCUGCUGAGGCACUCUGGAGUCAAGAUGUAACUAACAAGAAAUCUGAAAGCUGCUGAAUCUAUUAUAAAUGGAUGCCUUUCAAUCAUUUUAUUAUUCAAAAACAACAUAUGUCACACCAUUAAAGGUGGUUGUGCUUUUAGUGGCGUCUACGGUCAUACCAUGUCAUUCGUUUACAUAAUUCAGUGAACUGUUUUGUACAUUGCACUUUUUGAUGUUAUCUUUAAUUGACUAGUUUUUAGCAUUUUUCAUAUAUUUUUUUAACCAGGGGAAUUAUGUUUAUGUAGCUUUGAAGGCAAUAUUACACAAGCAAGAGCGCUAUUGUACUGAACAUCCACACGUCUGAGAUUUGACAGUGGGCAGGUGAUAUUCAGAAUGAGAAUAACAUUUUAUGGUUGUGAUAAAGUGUAGUUCAAUACAGAAAAAAGUUACACUUUACACAAUUUUGCCUCUUAUGUCCACUCUUAUAUCCACAAUCUCUAAACAAAUUUAAACAAAUCAGUGUUUUUUAGUAAACUGGUUGCAUUAAUGAUUCAUUGACUCAUAGUCCAAGUGCUGUUGAACUAAAUUUGCAGAUAUUUGCUCUUGGAAUAUCACUCGACCAAUCUGGGACUCUUAGUUCUGGGACUAACUGUUGCAUAAAUAUGGUUACACAACGUAAUAGUUUCCUCUCCUUACAAAAGUAUUUUGGGUAACCCUUAUGAAAAUUAACCAUGGUUUUACUACAAAUAAAACCAAAAAAUUAUGGUUAUUAUAGUUAAACCAUGGUAGCCACAAGUUAACCAUGGUCUUGCUACACUAAAACUGGUUAUACAAAUGGUAAUCAAUGGUAAUCAAUUUUCGUAAGGAAAGUAAUAUAUUUACAAUAUAUAAGAAAAUAAUUUGUAAGGGGUCAUUUUUGACUGAGAAUACCACAAGUGUAGCAAGGUGGAGAAAAAAAAGUCGCCAAAAAGUGUCCACUAUUUUUCCCCAUAAGAACGAGCGCAGCCAUUUGUAAUUUUUUUAAGUCUGGCUUCCGGUGUAAUCAGCUUCCAGCUACUUUUGUACAAAACAACUCGUUUUGCUGCUUGAUAUUGCAAAUUGGUGCGUCUUAACAAAUUAAUAUAUUAUCUUAAUUAUAAACACACUGGUUUGUAGUGCAAACAGUUUUACUUUUUACUGCACUUUGUUGUUCUCGUAUCUCGUUAUUUACCGACUUCAGGUAAUGAACCGGAAGUCUUGCAUAUUCACAGAAAACGGCUUACUUCUACGUUGAAAAAUAAGGUGGAUGCAUUUCCAAAAACGUUUUGGUAAGUUGUUAUACUCUGCGUGAAAAUCAAAAAGUUUUAGCCCAAUGUGCUGACAUUAAUAUCGCAUUUUCAAGAAAAUAAAAUUCUUAUAAUUGUUUACUACGGAUCAUUCGUCAACAGUGUUGGGGAGUAACUAGUUACAUGUAACGGAAUUACGGAAUUUAAUUACAAAAUAAAUGUAAUUGUAAUUAGUUACAGUUACUGAGAAAAAAUGUGUAAUUAAAUUACAGUUACUUUUGAAAAAUGCCAGUGAUUACAAAGGGGAUUACAUCUGAAUUUUUUCACAAACCCACCCCCACUUACAGAUUUAAUUGACUUCUUUCAUAAAUUGCAUUGACUGCUCUAAAAUGAGACACCAAUGUUUCAGGAGUUUAGGACACAGAAUAGGACACAUGCUUAUUUGAUAACUGUUUUAUUUCCUAUUUGGGUUUAUGCAUAAACUUUAUUUUUUAAGAUUGUUUUUUCCAAGGCAUUGUUAGAUGCUAGUGUUUUCUGUCAUAACUAUGCAAACAUUUAAUUUCAAACCCAGUAUCAUAGCUAUUAAACUAUUUCUUGUUAUGAUGUUAUUUAUGUUAUGAUCUUGUUAUGACAUAUAGCGCAACUGCGCUCACGGUGACCCGAGUUCGAUUCCUGUCUCGAGGUCCUUUGCCGGUCCCACGCCCCUCUCUCCUCCCAGCUCUUUCCUGUCAUCUCUCUACUGUCCUAUCACAAUAAAAGACAUAAAAAGCCCCAAAAAAUAUGUAAAAAAAAGUUUGAAUUUGUGGCUGUGCUUUAAAUUUAAUUAUUAUACAGCUCAGGCUCAUUCGGGGCAACUUAAGUCAUACUUUUUCUUGGCAGAAGCUUUGCGUUUGGUUAGCUAAUAAAAAUAUUAAAGCUUAAUUCAAUAUUAUGUGGACAAUUUCUUAAUUCUGUCAUCCUGGUAUCAUGGACUUGCUCUGUUGUUUCAUGCAAACGCAGCUGCUGCCAUUUUUUUAUUUAUUUAUUUAUUUUUUUUUUUUGUACACUGUAAUGGAUUAUAAAAAAAACUAACAAACUAGUACUACUACUUAAUUAUUUUUGUGGUGAAAUGUUGUAUAAGAAAAGUGGUAUGACUGCACUGUAUCCCUAAAAUGUCUAGUUUGAACUUGCCGUUUGCUAGCAACUGAUUUCUUCACGGAAGCUUUGCGCUCAAAUAUUUCAACUCAGAUCAGUGUUUCAUGUCUAAUCAUUUUGACAUGAAACAUCUAAAUAAUCUAUAAAGCGGCUGUGUAAUAAGUAAGAAAAUGUACAUUCAGCCAGCUGUUAUCGCAAAAUAAAGAUGUAUGUUAUCCCUUACUUAUUAUAAUCUUAAUUCAAGUGAUAAAGGAUUUUGAAAGUCUGACAGUAAUCAGUGUUAAGUGCUACUGUAAGGUUAACUCUGCCUGGUUUAAAUGUUUCCAAAAUGAUUAACAGUUGAAAAUAUUAGAAAUUUAGAAAAGUAAUUAAAAGUAAUGUUACAUUACUUUAAUAAAGUAAUUGAAAAGUUACACUACUUAUUACAUUUUAAAUCAAGUAACUUGUAAUCUGUAACCUAUUACAUUUCCAAGGUAACCUUCCCAACACUGUUCAUCAAGCACUUCUAACUUCUGAAGGGUGUUUUACCUCGUUUGUCCACAAAGAGGCAGUAUCCUCUGCUUUAUUAAGAUAAUUUGUUGACAACAAUAAGAACACUGACCUUGUGUAACCUGCUGCCCAGUUUUAUUCAGGGUGGAGGUCAUCCAGUGGCCAGUGUUCCAGAAAUAUUUAGGUAUUGCUUUGUCUCUGUCUUCUCUUUGUCGGCGACUCCCUGCGGCCCUGUUCUCUUCCUCUGUUUAAUUAAAGUGAAAGCCAGCCUAUGCUUUCGGCAGUUUACAGAGGUAAUAUGCUAAACUGAGUAAUUAAGACUAAUCCUAAAGUUCAGCCGUACUAAAGGCCACACUGCCACUGAGCAUGCUUAAACUGUCAAACCAAGUCACUUGAAAUAGUAAAAAAUGGGACUCAAUAGGAGGAUAAAGGUUGCCUUGAAAGUGCCUUAAAGAAAUGAGACAGGAAUCAUUGUCUUUUUUUCUCUUUCCAACAUAUUUUAAAGGUUGAGUGCCUGACAGUUUAGACAGGUGGGUUUUAUAUAAAAAGUGAGUCAUUUCUGUGCACUGAGUGCACCGAGUACAGAUUUUUUAUUUAUUUUUUUGCUCUAAAAUCCUUUCCGGGUAGAAGAAAAUGCAAAAAAAAAAAAUAUUUAGUCCUUUUGUAUUUCCCUAGAGGAAGAACAGAACUGUUAUUCUUACAAUCUCUUUUCUUACCCAUAAAAUGAUUAUGUAUAGCAAUAAUCAUUGUCUUGAGAAAAAGGAUGUUUUAAAAUGAAAUCGUAAUUGCUGCAAUUUGGAUGCAUUAAGUCUAACCUGAAUGGUAGAGAUGGCUGUCUGCUCUGUAAUGAAAUUUGACAUAAUGGAGAAAGUGUUGACCUUUCCGUAUUAAAAUUUUCUCUUUCAUCUCACCCAGAAGCUCUUCCAAACAGUUUUGCUCCAUGCAUCCCUCUCUCACUCAUGCCAUUAUUUCAUGUAGCGAGACAGACUACGCAUUGUCUGCACCCAUAAAAAAAGACAGGCCUGAAAUCUUUUUAGAACAAAUUGCUCGCUGAUUUUCAUGGAUUAUUUUAAAAUUGCAUGCAUCGUAAUUGCUGCCUAGUUUAAUUGUAACUAAAUCAUUUACUUCUGUUAUUUCCAAAUCUAGUGGGUUUUUCUGUUUUCUUCGUCCAAGUAAGAUAUAGAUAGAUAGCUUUGUGAAAUUAUGCUUCAUAAAACAUACAGUGCAUUGCGAAAGUAUUCAUACAUUUUAUGUUGCAGCCUUAUGUUAAACUGCUUUAAAUUACUUUUUUUCCCACAUCA